GUCAUAGUCGACGACAAGGCGCGUUAGUGUUAGGACGCGCCGCUCGACAACCCGACGCGAAGACCACGCGGAAGGCAACUUGCACGCAACUCGAUCUAGUGAUAAACAAAACAGACCCAAAAAAAAUUAAAAAACUUUUUGUUAUUUUUUGUUUUAUGUAACAGUAGACAUAGACACGACAGUCUGUCUGGUUUUUUUAGUUUGUGAAUGAAACAGUGAAUGAUUUUUCCAGUGACCCGUAUUUGAAAGGUCUUUGGGCGCCGUGGAAUUGUUUACGAGAUGGCCGGCGUCACAUGAACACGGAAAAUGAUCCUAUAGUCUUCAGAACAACACAUCUCAAUACAGUUUUAACGGAUUUCAAUCAAGUGGAAUUUUUCAAUCUGAUGGUAAAUCUGUGGCGUGACUCAGUGGUACCAUUUCACUAUAAACUCGCUUUGAAUAAGUGAUAUUUGGUUACGGUGAUCGUGUGUGAACUGAUACAGUGCCGCCAUGACGUCACAAGCCCUGUUCUACAUUCUGAUAAUGUUCCUCGCUUGUUCGCGAGACCCACUCAUAUACGCACAAACCACGAACACCGAGGUUGGUCGACCGGUGCCAAGAACGACAGAUGCGAUCCGAACGAACGCGACAAUGUACGCGUGGAGCUCGUGGGGCACUUGGAGUCCUUGCUCCAAGACCUGCGGGGGAGGAGUGGCUGUACAGGAACGACAUUGUCUGCCAAGGGAUCCUGCUAGAUUACGGCGGAGCAGAAAAAGAAGGAAACUAGUGCGCAGUAUAGACCACACGAGACGAGCUCGCAACGUCAUCCACGGACCCGGCUCCUCGGGGCCUGACUGUCCCGGGUUAGCACGAAGAUACCACGAGUGUAAUACUACGCCAUGUCCCGGCCCAGUUCGCGACGCCCGCGCAGAACAGUGUGCUGUGUACGACAGAAGACCAUUCCGAGGCCGGUUCUAUACUUGGGUGCCUUAUGUUGAUGGUGACUCACCAUGCACCUUGAACUGUCGUCCACGGGGACAGCAGUUCUAUGCCUCAUUGGCGCUGGUGGUGGACGGAACUCCAUGCACCAAGCCAGGAUUCAGAGCUAUAUGUGUGCAAGGAGAUUGUAAGGCGGUGGGUCGCGAGGGCGUGCUGUCGUCGGCGUGGUCGCGCGAGCUGCGUUGCGGGCGGCGCCUGGUGUCGGGGCUGUUCUCGCGCCCGCGGCUGCCGCUCGGCUACUCCUACGUCGCCACCGUGCCGCGCGGCGCCUGCAGGCUCAACGUCUCCGAAGUUACACCCAGUGAUAACUACAUAGCGUUGAAAGUAUCCAACGGGUCGUACAUAAUGAACGGCGAGUUCGCGGUGUCGGCGCCGGGCACGUACGAGGCGGCGGGCGCGCGCUUCCACUACGCGCGCGACGGCUCGCGUGACGCAGUGUUCGCGCACGGACCCAUACACCAUCCCAUCGAUAUCAUGAUUCUAUAUACGCAACCUAAUCCGAACAUAAAAUACGAAUACUUAACUGACUUAGAACCAGACGAAACAAGUAACGAUAUUCCGACAAUCAAUCCUGCUCCUCACCACGCUGCGCAACGCCACCACCGGCAUCACAACACAGAGGCACACCUCAGAGACCAGGAGACGAAAUCCGACCCUUCAUUGUCGAAGUUGCCAAAUUUCAACAAUUUGGAGAGUCAAUCCCAAGUAGAGAGCAAUGUGAUAGGCAGCAGGAAAUUCGUGUGGAAGAUUCUAGAGUUCUCACAAUGCUCACGUAGUUGUGGAGGAGGACUGCAGAUUGGAAAGUUUAAGUGUGCUGAAAUAACGGACAAGGGAGAUAAAGAGGCGUCUCCCUUCCAUUGUAACGGCGCUCCUCCCCCGGCGCGCCGGCGUCGCUGCGGAGGAACCCCGUGCCCCCCACGUUGGAGAUCAGCAGCCUGGGGUCCCUGCCCUGUCUGUGGACCCGCUCACAGAACUCGAAUUGUGGGCUGUGUACAGGACCAUGCCCGCGGAAUUACCAAGAUAAGCGACCAAAAAUGUCCAUUACCCAUGCCUCCGAGCAGUGAGAUGUGUGACAUUCCUAACUGUGAUGGUACGGCUGCCACGACGAGCAUACCGCGACUAGACGCAAGACGUCAAGUGCGACCCAAGGACCGCACUGACACGUUCAGAGAAGGACCAGUGAUAUCCCUUGCUACUAACUUGACUGAUAACGACAUUGGAACUACCCCUGCACCGAGCUACAGUCACAGCGCUGGCGGGGGAUGGCUGUAUACGGAGUGGUCCCAGUGCGUGGGCUGGUGCGUGGGCGGAGGGGUACAAUCUCGAGGUGUUCGCUGUGUGGAUCCGAACGGAUGCACUACACAUCGCGCGCCUGAACAAACUCAAACUUGUUCUGUUAGGAAGCAGUGUGAUGCACAGUGGUUUACUGGUGAAUGGUCACCCUGUUCGGCAACGUGCGGUGGCAAGCAAGUCCGCGGUGUGAUCUGCAUCGGCGGUAACGGCAGAAGGCUUCGUGACUCCUCGUGCAGAGGAAACAAGCCUGAGGCUGAGCGCGCCUGUGGUGGCGCUUGCAGCCCUUCGUGGUACCUUAGUGAUUGGACUGAGUGCCAAGGUCCAUGCGAGGCUGGAGUGCAAUCCCGCACGGUGUGGUGCGCGCGAGGCGGUGCAGAGGGCGCGAGUGGCGCCGCGCGUGACAAUGAGUGCGCAGGAGUGCGACCGCCGGCCAAACGCACCUGUGUGCCUUCUCGCUGCUCCACCAGACCGGCUAUCAAGACUGCUGUCGUUAAUGCACCUCCUUCAGUUUCGGAUCCACAACAACGUGUGACAAGACACCAAAGCCAUGCCGCUCAGAAUGUGAAAGACAGAUCUUAUGCUGAUGGAGCAUGCGUGGACAAGUUGAACAACUGCGCGCUGGCGGUGCAAGCGCGGCUGUGCCAUUACCCGUACUACGCCGACUACUGCUGCAAGUCCUGCCACGGACGGUAAAUCAUCAGGAAUGGAGUACAAGCAGUAACCACUAAGGCGCUAUGACACGUAUUGUGAUACAAAAUGGACGCAUAGUGAGAAUACGUUAUGUUAACAAGUAACAAGCCGAGAACCGCGGAACACAGCCGUCACUGAUCUACGCGAUCAAAUACUCACUGUUACAAAGAAUCCUUUCACGAAGAAAGUGGAACGCGUAACUUCGCUUCGAUUAAUACGUUAGGAAAGGUAUCAAAGCUAAUGCACCGAGUGUUAAGUCUGAAUCAAACCAAAGUGAAACAGACUAAGACUUAGAUAUCGGAUUGACUUACCUAAAUGACUCAUUCAAAUGCUCUAUGAAAAUGUUAACUCAAUGUUCUAUUGUGCUUCACACUAAAAUGUUGACGACGAGUACAGCAGUGUGCGCGCGGCUCAAUAUCUAAGUGAACUGUUAACGUUCGAGUUUCUGUAAGUAUUAGGAAUAGUUUUGUGAUCUCCAGAUUGUUUAGUCGGGUUUUGGAGUCGAUCUGUGAACUGUAGUACUCUCGAAAUUAUAUUAAAAAAAAAUGUUUAUCUUUUACAUUAUACUGCACGACAUGUUAUCGAGUUCAGCACCUAUUCGCGUAGAUUUGUUUAUAACAUGCCUGUAACCUAGUAAUGGAAACGCAUUUUACCGAAUUUCGUAUUCUGUGUAUUACAUUAGAGAUUAAUUAAUAAGCAUGUUUGGAACUACAGUUCAUUUUGCAUUUGUAAUGCAACUUAGGCUAUGCUAUCUAGAUUAAGAACAAAAUAGUAUUUCUUAUUGUUGUAAUAGUUUCUUCGGUAUGUACUUAUAGAAACUAUAAUGCUGGAUCCACACGUCUUCUAAUUAAGUUUAUAAACAUUUGUCAGUGAGGGAUGUCGGUGUAACAUUGUAACAGUUGCGCUUGACGUCCCUCGCCGUGACGAACGUUCGCGGGCGUGUGGUGCAGGCAUCAGUGUUCAUAAUAACUUAUUACACCGAUUCUAUUGUCAAAGAGUCAGUUCUGUAUUAUUAAAGAGUCGAGUUGUGUAAAUAGAUAAUUAUUUUUAUAUGUAUAGUGCAUUUACUUACUGGCUGUUAAGUAUUUAUACGAUUGUAUUAGUUAAAACAUUGUACCAUCACAAUAAUGUAUGUAUUAAUUGGUUUUUCGCUAAAAGUAACUAGAGUUUUGCCUACCGUUUAGUAAAUUUUUGUCUGUACUAAUGAUGCAUAUAACAAUGUACAAAAAUAAUAAGCUUUAAACACUG